CUCGCAAGGGAGAUAAUAAAAGUACAUCACGUGACUACGGCCAUACUGUCGUCGCUCCGGAGGAGCAAUAAUUAUUUCGUUCAAAACAUCAAGAAUAAUGGCUUCUCGGGUGUCAAGAGGAAUUGCCAGGACUAUUAAAGGUCCUCGAUUAGCCAAUCAGUUUGCUAGCCAAGCUGCAGCACGACAAUCAGAUGAUAGUUCAUUAGUUAAUCAGCCACCAAAGUUGACAAAGUUACCCAGUGGUGUUAUUGUAGCAUCAGUUGAAAACAACUCACCCAUCUCAAGAGUAGCUGUUGCAGUUAAUGCUGGAUCCAGAUUUGAAGAUGCAGAUAAUUUAGGAAUAACCCACUGUUUAAGAGUAGCUGCAGGCCUUACUAAUGCUAAUUCAACCAGUUUUGGAAUCGCAAGAUCUAUUCAACAAGAGGGUGCCCAAUUAACUUGUACAACAAGUAGAGAAUAUAUAUAUUAUACAGUUGAUUGUAUUAGAGACAAUGUAGACAGCACGAUAAAAUUUUUACGAGAUAUCACAACUGCUCCAGCUUUUAAGAAAUGGGAAGUUGCAAAACUUGGAGAGAAACUGGAAAUAGAUUUGGCUGCUUUUUAUCAACAACAUGCAGCUAGAUCAUUUGAUCUUCUUCACCAGGCUGCAUUCAGGUCAACAUUAGGUCGCUCACUUUAUUGUCCAGAAGUAACUCUUGGUCGUAUUUCCUCAGAACAGUUGUUAAAUUAUGUACAGACACAUUAUACUAAUGGUCGUGUAGCUAUUGUUGGAGUGGGAAUUGAUCAUGAUCAACUUGUAGAUGAAGCCAACAAAUUCAACUUUUUCCCUGCUGGACCUGUAGCUGCUGAAAAAGCUACAUAUGGAGGAGGUGAGAUUCGUAUUAACACUGGAUCAGGACCCACAGCUGUCUCUGUGGCUGUGGAAGGGCCAAGUUAUUUACCCCGUAGUAAAGGUUUGGCUGCUAAAGAUCUGUUACAUGCUGGUGUUCUACAGUAUGUGAUGGGAUCAGGUCCAUUUAUUAAAUAUAGUAACGAUUCCCUGGUACCACGACUUGGACAAGCUGUAGCUCAAGCUACCACAGAACCAUUUUCUGUAUCAUGUUUUAAUGCUAAUUAUACUGAUGCUGGAUUAUUUGGAUUCACUGCCAUUUCUCAAGGAACAGCAAUAGAAAAGGUAUUGAAGUCAGCAUUCAGUCAGUUUGCUAGUGUAACUAAAGGCGGUAUUACAGAUAAAGAAGUAGCUAGAGCUAAGAAACAGUUGAAGGCAUCAUUGUAUUUCUAUUUGGAAAGUGGAGAUAAUUUACUGACUGAUUUAGCUGAACAAGCGUUAGGUCAUCAACAAAUCGUCAAUCCAGAAGAAAUUGCCAAACAGAUUGAUGCUAUCACCACCAAUGACGUAGUAAAUGUUGCCAAGAGAAUCAUCAAUAGUCGACCAUCAAUGGCUGUUGUAGGAGAUACAGCUAGAACACCAUAUAUUGAUGAUCUAUAUCGAUAACUAUGUAUACCCAUAGAAUAUCUGGUUAAAGACGUAUAGUGUGUGAAAACUAGACUUUUAACAUCUAAAAUUAAUAUCAUUAUUUAUGUGGACUACAUGUUGUUCGGUUUAAAUUUAAUUUGAAAAUAUAGAAAAUCAACGCUUAAUAAAAUGUUAAAAUAUA